UUCUCGCAUCAUAGGUGGGGAGAGAGCCCGUAUAUAAAAUCGGCAAGGUCUUCAAGCUUUCGUGGCUUCGUGCUGGUUUUUUAGCUGCUCCUGAUAGAACUGUUUCAAAUAGUACGUCUUCGGUCUUCCGGUCUUCGUUUGUUGAUCUUGGCACCAUUUGUUGGCCAUCGGAAGGGAAUCAGUGGCCGAAUCACACACAGAGGGCUUCAUCUGCUCAAUCCCUACGAUCAGGUCUCUUUGUCCUUUCACACCCUACUCGGAAUCAGGGUAACUUUUCGGUUCAUAUUUCUUUGACCUCGAUUGGUCAGAGGAAGCACUUGUCAAUAAUACAUAAGUGCUGCUUCUAUGAGCUGAUGCCAGUGUCACAAAGAUUUUCCAUUUGGAACUGGUAAAUACAUUAUGCUGCCCGUCCAUGAGAAUCAAGGGCAGUCAGAAGUCAUCUUAGCUAAUGAAGAUAACAGAGUUUUUCAAUCUCAUUUUACAAUCCUACCAUCCAGCUACAUGGGUAGAACUAGUUGCUGGCGCACUUGUGCUUUUAACUCUUUCACUUUCAACAUACCUUUUAUUUGAGCACCUUUCGGCAUAUAAAAAUCCCGAGGAACAGAAGUUUCUAAUUGGUGUUAUCUUAAUGGUUCCUUGCUAUGCUGUUGAAUCGUUUGUAUCGUUGGUUGACCCAUCAAUUAGUGUUGAUUGUGAGAUUCUGCGUGACUGCUAUGAGGCUUUUGCCAUGUAUUGCUUCGGAAGAUACCUUGUUGCUUGUCUGGGUGGGGAGGAGAGGACAAUCGAGUUUAUAGAGAGGCAAGGACGUGCAGGUCCUAAAACUCCCUUGUUAGAGCCUAGUUCUGAAAGGGGAGUUGUAAAGCAUCCUUUUCCAAUGAAUUAUCUCUUAAAACCAUGGAAACUCAAUCAGUGGUUUUACCAAGUUAUCAAGUUUGGAAUUGUUCAAUAUAUGAUAAUAAAGACUUUUACUGCCAUUUUAGCUGUCAUUCUUGAAGCCUUUGGAGUGUAUUGUGAAGGAGAGUUCAAAUGGGGUUGUGGGUAUCCAUACAUGGCUGUGGUUCUCAAUUUCAGUCAAUCAUGGGCAUUGUACUGUUUAGUUCAAUUCUAUACUGUUACAAAAGAUGAACUGGAGCACAUAAAGCCAUUGGCCAAGUUUCUAACAUUUAAAUCAAUUGUCUUUCUGACCUGGUGGCAAGGUGUGGGAAUUGCACUCAUCUAUACACUUGGUAUAUUCAAAAGUUCUUCAACUCUAGGGUUGCCAUCCAAAUCAAGCGUUCAGGAUUUCAUCAUUUGUAUAGAGAUGGGCAUUGCUUCCAUUGUUCACCUCUAUGUAUUUCCUGCGAAACCAUACGAGUUAAUGGGAGACCGCUUUCCUGGAAGUGUUUCUGUUCUUGGAGACUAUGCAUCUGUGGAGCCUUUAGAUCCUGAUGAGGUUAGAGACAGUGAGCGCCCCACCAAGUUACGAUUGCCCCAGCCUGACAUUGAUGUCAAAGGUGGAAUGACUAUCAGCGAAAGUGUUCGGGAUGUUGUCAUUGGUGGUGGCGAAUAUAUUGUGAAUGAUGUGAGGUUCACGGUGAACCAAGCAGUGGAGCCUGUGGAGAGGGGGAUCACACGGUUUAAUGAGAAACUGCACAAGAUCUCCCAAAACAUAAAGAGGCAUGACAAGGAAAGAAGGAGAACCAAGGAUGACAGUUGCAUUACAUCAUCACCAGCACGAAGAGUAAUCCGUGGAAUAGAUGACCCUCUCUUGAAUGGGAGUUUCAGUGAUAGUGGGGUGUCAAGGUCAAAGAGGCACCGUAGAAAAUCAGGAUAUACGAGUGCUGAAAGUGGGGGAGAAAGUAGCAGUGACCAAACCUAUGGUGGGUAUCAAAUUCGGGGGCACAGAUGGGUCACAAAAGAUUAACUAGAGAUGUUGAUACUAAAACAUUAGACAUGGAUGAAGCGAGAUGAGGCAUUACCUGGGAAUUGGGCAUUCAUUAGGCUUUCAGGUACUGGGGUGCACAGGAUCUAAAUGUGAAAAUGGUCUUUGGAGUACAUGUUCGUCUGGCCCCAUUUUUUGCUAGCUGUUGUAGGCAGUUUACAAUGGGGGCUGUGUAUUGUACUUAUGAUUCCUUGUGCUUGUCUAUAACUAUACCCGUGAGUUCUAUGUAUAUUUAAUUUGAGCUCAUCAAAUGCAUUCAUUUGUUAUCAGACUCC